UUUUUCACAGUUGCAAGCUCUCAAACAUCUCCAUUUGUACGAUUUUAUUAUGUUGGGAUUCUGAAGUCAGUCUCUAUUUUUAAUGCAAAAUUUCUUAGUUUAAAUAUGGCAAAUAACACCAGAGUAAUACAAGUCUUUGAGGAGGCUGCCCCUGCUGUGAACAUUCCUAUAAUCGUAGGCAACGAAAUGUUUAUGCUGACUCAACAGGACGUUCGACGAGUAGAGGAUACUCGAUACAUGUGCUGGAAACGUUGGACUCCUAACGAGCAGCUCAACUGCAUUCCGACUCUGCAGCCGCCUAAUGCCUACAAUAGCACUACCAUGACUACUGAGAGGCAAAACACUGUUCCUAUGGAUUUCAUUGCCAACGUAUCGAACCAACUGAGAUGGUCAAAAACAAAUGACACCUCUGCAACGCUUCCCCUUACCUACAGCGUUGCAACAUCAACCAAUGCAUACGAUGACAAAGGAACUGAUCCUAUAGCAAAGCAACAUUGCAGUUGCCAGACAAAUCCGCAAACUUGUUCCAAGGCUUGCAAUACGGAACCAGUUAAGAGUCAUAAUAAAACGUGUAAAAAGAAUCACGGGAAUGAAAGCUUCUCAGAGACAAGUUGCCAAACUAUACAGGACACAUUAAUGAGAACGCCAAGCGAAUCGCUUUUUUCAAUGUCGGGUCAACCACAUCAUGAACGAAAAAAGUCCAUGGUACCGCCCUAUUUUGCGGUAAAUGAAGAACACGAGAAUCAGCGAUAAAAUAAAAAUACAAAUUCUAUAAUUGUAUUUACAGUUCAAUGUGUUUUGUUAAGUAUUUAGUCGUAUGUCCUAAUUGCAAUAUAUCUUAACAUAAAGCACUAAGCAAUUUA